AUGACCGACAAACUCCGCGUCCUCCUUGUUGGAAAUGGCGGCCGCGAACACGCCAUCGCCUGGAAACUCUCUCAGUCCCCUCGCAUUGAGCACAUCUACGUUGUCCCCGGUAACGGCGGCACCGCAUCCUCCUCCAAAACCACAAACGUCUCGUCAAUCAAGCAAGAAGACUUCCCCGCCCUCGUCCAGUUCGCAAAAGAAAAGAACAUCAACCUCCUCGUUCCUGGCCCUGAGGCCCCACUCGUCGCCGGUAUCGUGGACUACUUCGAGAAGCAUGGCGACAAGAGCGUGCGGUUCUUCGGGCCGAGCGAGGCUGCAGCGAGGAUGGAGGGGAGCAAGACGUUCAGCAAAGAUUUUAUGAAGAGGAACAACAUUCCCACCGCGGCGUACGAGAACUUCGGUGACUAUGAGAAGGCGAAGGCGUACUUGGACUCGAUAUCGCAUAACGUGGUCAUCAAGGCAUCGGGUCUCGCAGCCGGCAAGGGCGUUAUCAUCCCACAGACUAAGGAGGAAGCACAUGCGGCGCUCAAGGAUAUCAUGCUAGACAGGGAAUUCGGCACUGCGGGCGACGAGGUCGUUAUUGAGGAAUUUCUCGAGGGCGAUGAGUUGUCUAUCCUUACUUUCUCGGAUGGCUCGACGAUUAAGUCGCUACCGCCUGCGCAGGACCACAAGAGAAUCGGAGAUGGUGACACGGGUCCUAACACAGGUGGCAUGGGCACUUACGCACCCACGCGCAUCGCACCACCCGAGGUCAUCGAUGCCGUGCACAAGGAUAUACUACAACCAACUGUCGACGGCAUGAAGAAGGAAGGAUAUACUUUCAAGGGUGUGCUGUUUACGGGCUUGAUGAUGACGAAGCAGGGCCCGAAGGUGCUAGAAUAUAAUGUCCGGUUUGGAGACCCGGAAACACAGAGUCUGCUAGCGCUCAUGGAGAGUGAUCUUGCGGAGGUCAUGGUUGCGUGUGCAGAGGGGAGAUUGUCAGAGGUGGAUGUUAAGGUAGGAGAUAGGUCUGCCGCUACGGUUGUGGUGGCUGCGGGUGGGUAUCCGGGAAAUUACGCGAAGGGGACGGUCAUGACGCUGGAUCAGGUACCGGGCGAUGUCGUCCUUUUCCACGCCGGAACCUCACUCACAGACGGUACGCUCAAGACUGCAGGCGGUCGUGUCAUUGCUUCUACAGCGACAGCAGCGACCUUAGAAGAGGCUGUCACAAAGGCGUACCAGGGCGUCGACUGCAUACACUUCGAUGGCAUGCAGUAUCGGAAAGACAUCGCCGGUCGGGCGCUGAGGAAGUAG